GUAAAUAAAUUUUUCUAAAUAUUAAUUUUAAGGGUUCUAUGAAACACCGGAACCGCCAACGGUUUUGAGAAGGGGUUCCAAAGAAUCAGCCUUUAGAGUGAACCAUCAUGUCUCGGCUCAACCAACACAACCUCCCGGAAACCGACCCCAAUCCACUCCACCCGCGUAUCAACGCCCAAUCCCUGGAUUCCCACACCCACCGGCGGUCCAAUUUCUACGAAAACUCGGGCCGCGAUCCCUUCGCCUCCGACUUUGGCUCUGGUUCCGACCGCGACGCGGACCGCUUUGUCGCCAUCCUCUUGGAGAGCUUUUCCGAUGACGAUUUACUCGCCUUCCACGUUGAUGCGGAUCCGGGUACGGAUUUCAGUUCUGAGGACACUUUUCGCUUCUGCUUGGAGGAGGAGCGGAGGAUUGAGUUUGCGGGUUUGGAACGGGAGCAAGUGGGGGAAAUAGAGGUGCGAAAUCUUGAGCGUGAUUCGUAUGCUGAUUUGGAUUCGUUUCUAGCAGGUCUUAUGGAUGAAGACGACGCGGUUGGGGCCGAGAUCGGCGAUGUUUUGGGGCGGUUCGCGGAGAACCAGGGGCGUAGCCGCCCGGCGGCGAAGAGGGUUGUGGAAAGUCUUCCUUUCGUGGAGUUAACGGCGGAGGAAUUGCGUCGAAGCACUGCGGUUUGUGCGGUUUGCAAGGAUGAGAUUGUGGUGGAGGAGAAGGCGAGGAGACUUCCUUGUGCUCACUGUUAUCACGGGGACUGCAUUGUGCCCUGGUUAAGUAUAAGGAAUACGUGCCCCCUUUGCCGGUACGAGUUGCCCACUGACGAGCCCGAGUUGUGAGAGGAUUGGUGGUGGCGGCGUCGAGGGGCAUGGCUUGCAGCUUUUGCUUGAUUGUAGAGCGCCAAAGUGGCUGUUCCAGGGGGAAAAAAAAAGCCAUAUGGUAAGGAGCAUCAUGAGAAUAGUAUUGAGCAAUGAUGUUUCUUGGCAUAUUUUCCUCAAACACAAACACGUUGUUGCUGCUUUUGUUGAGGACUGCGACAUCACUGGCCCUCAAUGCAAUAUGGUAGGACUGUCCGAGCAACUCCCUUUUUGGGCAGGGAGCUUCCUCUCCCGGGGGCUCUACAAUCUCCUUCUUCCCUUCUUGUUUUUUGGGCAGGAAAUUGCAUAGGAUUCCCAUUCCCCUCCAUUUUUUUUUUUUUUUUUUUUAAGCGAAUGAGGAAACAAGGGAGAUCUUGCCCAUUCACGAUCCAAAUGGAAGAAAGAAUGGGAGACCAAUUGGGAAUGCUUCCGAACACUAGGUUGGAAACAGCCCAUCUAGCUAACAAAUGUACUUGAACAUUAGCACUUAUAGAAACUUUACUAGCUUUCC